CUUCCUCACUUCACUGUCUCCUUUCUUCGCUUCCUUUCUCUCUGUGAAACUAAAAAAAAAUGGCGAAACGAAGCCCGUCUUCUGCGAUCAUCUUUUCUUUCCAGACCCAAUCUGAUUCGCAUAUUACUGUAAUCUAAUCACUAAUCAAUAAGUAAAAGAAUCUCAAGUUUUGACCUGUAGAGCUAUUUUUAUGUUUUUUCUUUCUUCCCCUGUUUGGAUUCUUGUCUGAAGCUAUGGGGUGGUUGUAAUUUUUGAGCCUGGGAAUUGGUUGUUUGAAGCUUUCAAACGGAACCCCACUWUURUUUUUUCGAUUUUGAGCUCGUUUUUAGCUCAAAGUUGGGAGCUUUUUCUUUUUCUUCUUCUUCCGCAGUUCAGUUAUGGUUACGGAUACUUAUUCCAAAUUGGGGGCCGAAAUUUCAAUGCGAUCGACGCUGAAAAGUGGCGAUUAUGGCGAGGAUUUGGGGCUGUUGAUACGGCAGCAGAGGCAGCACCACGAAGCUGUGAGUGAUAGAGAGAAGGAACUCAGCCUCUGCCGGAGUGGCUCUGCGCCGCCGACCGUCGAAGGCUCUUUAUCCGCCGUCGGCGGUAUGUUUAAUGCCUCGGAUUUAUUGGGAUUCAACAAAACCGCCGGAAAAGGGUUUGUCUCCGAUGAGGAGCUUCGCUCUGAUCCUGCUUAUGUCAGCUACUACUAUUCCAAUGUGAAUCUGAACCCUCGCCUUCCGCCGCCGCUCCUCUCGAAGGAGGACUGGCGGUUCGCGCAGCGGUUGCACGGCGGAGGGGGUGCUGGGGGAUUGGGGGGAAUUGGAGAUAGGAGGGAGGGGAGUAGAGGAAUUGGUGGCGAUGAAGGGGUUAAUGGGAAUGGGUCACUUUUUCUGUUGCAGCCUGGAGUCGGAGCCAAGGAGGAUACCGGUGUCGAAUCGAGGCGGGUUGCUGGUGAUUGGACUGGCGAUGGCCUUAUCGGGCUGCCGGGUUUGGGACUUGGGAGUAGGAAGAAAAGCAUUGCAGAGAUCCUUCAGGAUGAUUUAAGUAAUGGAAUAUCCCUCUCCCGACAUCCUUCUCGCCCGACUAGCCGCAAUGCCUUUGAUGACGCUCUCGAAUCUUCGGAAGGCCAAUUUGCUUACUUGCAUCAAGAUAUGGCAGCAAUUGGUGGGAACAAACAGGGUAUAUCUGCAGUCCAAGGAGUUGGUGCCUCCGCUCCUCAUACUUAUGCAUCAGCAGUAGGAGCCUCCCUGUCCAGAAGUGGAACUCCCGACCCUCAACUCGUAGCAAGAGCUCCGAGUCCUCGUAUUCCUACAGUUGGUGGAAGGAUAUCUGGUCCUGUGGAUAAAAGAAGUUCUUUCAACGGGGUUUCGCUAAAGGCGAGUGAGUCUGCAGACCUAGUGUCUUCUUUUUCUGGCAUGAAUUUGUCGACAAAUGGUAUUCUAGAUGACGAGAGCCACUUGCGGUCGGAUAUUCAGCAGGAGAUCGAUGAUCAUCAUAACUUCUUCAAUAUGCAAACUAAUCAAAAUGAUAUGAAAAGGUAUCUGGGUCUAAAGAACUCAGACUCUGGGAAGUUUCAUCUACACUCAUCUUCUCAAUCAGCUAGGGGGUCUCAUCAAAAUAAUUCUCUUGGGUCGGGUGUUGAUCAAGCUGAAUUCAACAAGCAAGGUGUUUCAUCCCCUACUUCAUAUAUGAAGGGGCCAUAUAAACAAACACUUAAUAACGCACGAGGUUCCCCGUCUCACAAUCAGAAUAUUGACAGUGCAAACUCUUCUUUCUUGAAUUAUGGAUUUAGCGGCUAUACGACUAAUCCUCUGGUUUCCUCCAUUGUUGGCACCCAUCUUGGCAGCAGUAAUUUGCCACCGCUGUAUGAGAAUGCUGCUGCUGCAUCGGCAAUGGGACUAAGUGGCAUGAAUGCUAGAGCAUUUGGUGGAUUACCUUUAGGAUCAAGUAUGUUGGAAACAGCCACCGAAUUUCAAAAUAACAACAGGUUGGAAAAUCAUAAUACUAUUCAGUUACCUGCACUGGAUCCGUCGUAUAUUCAAUAUUUGGGAUCAAAUGAAUACGCUGCUGCACAGGUGGCUGCCGGAAUUACUGACCCUCCGUUGGAUGGUGAAAGCUUGAUGGGCAAUGGAUAUAUGGAUUUACUGGGAGUCCAGAAAGCAGCCUACCUUGGAGCAUUGCUUUCACCUCAAAAUUCACAGUUUGUUCUACCCUAUUUUGGCAAAUCUGGCAGUUUAAGUCAUAACUACUAUGGCAACCCAGGGUUUGGUCUAGGCAUGUCGUAUCCUGGGAGUCCGUUGGCUGGAUCGCUUCUUCCUGGCUCUCCUGUUGGGUCUGGUAAUUCCAUCAACCACAUCGGUAAGAACUUGCGCUUCUCUUCAGGAAUGCGGAAUUUAGCUGGAGGUGGCAUUGGAGGUUGGCAUUCUGAAGCUGGUGGCAAUAUGAAUGGAGGUUUUGUGUCUUCUUUGCUUGAUGAGUUCAAAAGCAACAAAAGCAAAUGUUUUGAACUUUCAGAAAUUGCAGGCCAUGUUUUCGAGUUCAGCUCUGAUCAAUACGGAAGUCGAUUCAUUCAACAGAAACUUGAGACUGCCUCCAUAGAAGAGAAAGACAUGGUUUUCCAUGAAAUUAUGCCACAAGCUCUUUCCUUGAUGACCGAUGUUUUUGGUAAUUAUGUUGUCCAGAAGUUUUUUGAGCACGGAACUGCAUCCCAAAUAAGGGAACUCGCUGAUCAACUCAAUGGACACGUGCUAGCACUUAGUCUUCAAAUGUAUGGCUGCAGAGUGAUUCAAAAGGCAAUUGAAAUGGUUGACGUUGACCAGCAGACUAAAAUGGUUACAGAAUUAGAUGGUCAUAUCAUGCGUUGUGUACGUGACCAAAAUGGGAACCAUGUUGUACAGAAGUGCAUUGAAUGCAUACCUGAGGACGCCAUUCAGUUCAUUGUUUCGACAUUUUAUGAUCAAGUCGUGACACUGUCAACUCAUCCAUAUGGUUGUCGUGUUAUACAGAGAGUCCUCGAGCACUGCAACAACCCGAAAACGCAGCACAUCAUGAUGGAUGAGAUUUUGCAGUCUGUCUGCAUGUUGGCUCAAGAUCAGUAUGGAAACUAUGUUGUGCAGCACGUGCUCGAGCACGGGAAGCCGCACGAACGCUCUGCUAUUAUAAAGAAACUGACUGGGCAGAUAGUUCAAAUGAGUCAACAGAAGUUUGCCUCCAAUGUCAUCGAGAAAUGUCUCACUUUUGGAACUUCUUCUGAACGCCAGGCCCUGGUGAACGAGAUGCUUGGUACCACUGAUGAAAAUGAGCCCCUUCAGGUUAUGAUGAAGGAUCAGUUUGCAAACUACGUUGUUCAGAAAGUGCUGGAAACGUGCGAUGACCAGCAACUUGAACUAAUUCUUAAUAGGAUUAAAGUUCAUCUAAAUGCUCUGAAGAAGUAUACCUACGGUAAGCACAUAGUCGCUCGUGUGGAGAAACUCGUCGCUGCCGGAGAGAGGAGGAUUAGCAUUCUGGCUCCGAAGCCAGCGCAGAUGGGUUAGGAAAACAGGGAAGGAAGUUGUACAGCUAACUGAGGAUAGCACAAAGCGCGGUCUCUCUUUCCGCUUCCGUUUAAUGUCUGUCUAGUAAGUAAUAGCUGCUGUAUCUAUAUGAUUCAGAUAGAAGCUGACUUGAAAUAAGAAAAAAAACAAAACAAAACAAAACAAAAAAAAGAAGAAAAGAACUGUUGGCUGUACAUUUUAUAAUCUGAGAGUAUAGAGAAAGAUGAAGGUAGAUGAAGAGAGUUUGAGGGACAGAUGAACAAAAAGGCCGAUGCUGCCCCUAAAGAGAAGAGAUAAGAAGUUUUUAGUAUUUGAAUUUUGUUUUAGGCUGUAAAAAGGGAGGAGGAGGAGGAGGAGGAAGAGGAGGUAGAAAAAUCAAAAUGUUUGAUGAUCAGAUCAUGGUUUGUACAAAUAUUAGCUUGGUGGAGUUAUGCUUUUGUUUUUUUCUUUUAGGAUUUUUCUCUUCUGAUGAUGUAUGAGAUUUUGAUUCUUCAUCUUUGUUAUUUCAACUUUUUUUCUUUCUUGAA